AUGGACCUUUACCGAGCUACAUUCGCUGGAUCGCUGCUGCUCAAUGCACUCGCAUUCUACCAGUCGCAUCGCUCACGCAAGGCGGCUGUCGUAGAGACAGCGACUACAGAUAAGAAGGAUGAACACGAGCAUUUAGAGCCUGAUUUGGAGGGCCUAAGCAAGUUGAAGAAGCGCUUCUUUCCUAUCUAUUUGCUGGUCAACGCUGCAGACUGGCUGCAAGGACCAUAUAUCUAUCCUAUCUACAAAGAUGAAAAGGGUCUUCCAGAAGAAACAGUCGCGUUCCUGUUUCUCAUAGGCUUCAUCUCCGCCGGAAUCUCUGCGUCUUUCGUAGGCACUCUAGCAGACCGAUACGGGCGUAAGACAGCAUGCUUGGGAUACUGCGCCCUCUACUCCCUGUCAUGCGCCACGCUCUUGUCCGACAACAUCUACGUUCUCUUCUUCGGUCGCAUCCUCGGUGGUGUGUGCGGAACUGUUCUUUGGAGCGUCUUCGAAAGUUGGAUGGUGGCUGAGUUCAAUCAGCUCAUGCUUCCGGACGGCGAACCCCAUCUGAGCGCGAUAUUCAGCACGAUGACUACUUCAAACACAUGUGUGGCUAUCGGUGCGGGUAUCUUCGCAGAGUGGGCGGUUAGAAUGACAGGCACGGCAAAGACACCCUUCAUGGCUUCUAUUGGCUGCUUGAGUCUGUCUUUCCUUGCUAUCUCAAAGUACUGGGGAGAGAAUUAUGGGACGAGCAGCCGCAGAGCUUCAGAGACUGAAGGGCUGCUCCAGCAAGAGGAAGCUACCCCAGCUCCGCCAGCCACGUCUGCUCUCCGAACGAUUUUGCGCGAUCGCAACAUCAUGAUGCUUGCAUUGGUAUCGGGCUUCUUCGAGGGGUCUCUUUUUCUGUUCAUCUUCUUCAAAUUCCCAGCGUUGAAGCUCAGCCAUAAACUGGCGGGCUCAACUGACGAACUUCCGUUUGGUCUCAUUUUCGCCAUCUUGAUGUGUUCUAUGAUGUUUGGUUCCCUCCUUUACAAACAUCUCUCCACAUCCGCAACACCUGUGUCGGCGCAAAAGAUGCUUACAGGCAUCCUCGCAGUUUCAUCCGCGUGCUUCUUUGUUCCUGGCCACUUCCGCGACGAGCGCCUCACAUUGUGGUGCUUUUGCAUUUUUGAGUUGUGCUGCGGAGUUUACUAUCCUGCAAUGGGCUCGCUGAAGAGCAAGCUCGUUGAGGAUGGCUCAAGAGCAAGCAUUUACGGCAUUCUUCGAAUUCCGUUGAAUGUUUUUGUUGUGCUUGCCCUGAGCACUACGAAAGAAGGUAAGCACUAG